AUGGACCUUACAUUCGAUCAAGCGGACGUGGGCAGUUCACUCAGACAUAGGAAGACCGACCGGAUUGAGGGUCUCACACCGGUCGGGGAUGGACAUUAUCGGAGUAUUAUAGGGAGUGAUCACGCACAAGUUCAGAGUAUCCUAAGAGGGAGUGAUCACCCACCCGGUCAGAGUAUUCUAGGGAGUGAUCACCCACAAGUUCAGAGUAUCCUAAGAGGGAGUGAUUACCCACAAGGCUUGUCCUACCUGACGGAAGGAACGGACCUCGCACGAGGGAGAUAUCGCGGUUGGGGGAGAGUUGGAUUAGGGAUAGGAUUGAUCUUGGUUGUUUUGUUGUCAACCUUUUACUCUCUUCUUUUCUCCACUUCAUUAGAUACCUCCCUUCAUCCUCACUACCCACACCAACGAUUCGACCAACAGAACAGAACCGCCUACUUUGCUCAAAAAGGGAAUUUCGUCAAUACAUACUUUGUGAAAUACACUUGGGCGUGGACAUCCUUCUUCGUCUUGAUACAUAUUCUCACUUCCCCAAUCCCUCCUCUCACUUCUCUUACUGUUUCUUCAACGAUCGCUACUACCUCUCUUUCCUCUCCUCCUCACGCGCGAUCCCCUUUGGCUUCAUAUGCCACGUCUCCUCAAGUUGUUCGGUCGCCUGGUCUAUCAGAAAUUUCCACUUCGAUCCGAGCUACCUUCACCCGACUGACCCGACUCAGACCUUGGUUCAUGGCGACGAUCAUCUGGGCAAGUUUCACAAGAUGGUUCUUUGGUCAAUCUCUCUUCGAUCGUAUCAUCGUUUUAUCAGGUGGUGAAUGUGUUCUGUCCAUCCCACCUGACCUCGACUCGUCCAAAUUGAUACAAUCCCUCCAAUCUCACAACGUUCAUCUUUCCCAAUCCCCUCUGUCUGACCCUCUUUCAACAUUAAAUUCCAUGAUGGACCCUUCUUCCUCGUCACCGGUACAACUACCGCAAUUGGAAAAUGGUUUCAUUUCUUUACCGCAACAAUUUUGCUCACCAGGAGGACAUAAACCUCUUUCAAACCUCUUGUCCGAGAUGGCACAUACAGGAACGAUGAGACCGAGAUGGAGAAAAGGACACGAUAUCUCGGGUCAUACUUUUCUUUUGAUAUUGGCCAUCAUCCUUCUGGUCAAAGAACUUGAACCGACCUGGAAGAGAUGGACGCGGAGGGUAAGCAGUCUUUCCCGGCGCAACCAGCUGUUCAGAAAGACGGAAAUUGCGUUGAUCGAUGAUUCACAAGGAAUGGAUUUCGGGAAAGAUGUAAAACUUGACGGUGAGGAGGUGGUGAUCGCCAGGGAAGUGAACAGUGAUGAAUCCAAGGAGACAAAGAGGAAAGGACAGAAGGUAAAACGUUCAGGGUUAGGGGGAAAGAUGAGGAGUUGGAUACAUUCGUUUAGUGGGAUAGGAGCGACGAUAUUGGUUGUUCUAUGGUUUUGGAUGUUGAUUAUGACCGGAAUCUAUUUUCAUAAUCCUCAAGAGAAACUCACUGGACUGGUUUGCGGGUUGUUGGCCGGGGGUAUUGUCGAUCUAUUCUCACCUUCCACAGUGACCGAUGUCUCACUCUAUGACUCCGAAACAUCGACAGUGCUUAUCGACGAGAACGAGGCUCGACGUGAUAGUGUGAGCCUUACCGAUCUCGAUUAA